GUUGAACCACUAUAAGGUCUUUCACACCAACACGGGAACAACCGCAUGUCAAGGUUUGGGUACUCGUCCCGAAUUUCACGAAAUUUUUCUCAUCAGAGAUCAAAUUCGUAAUGGACACUGGCAAUAACUCAACUCCAGCUAUUACUGCCACAAUGGACAGUGAGAGCACAGCAGACGAUUUCAUAAAAGUAAAAUCAAAAAAGACUCAAAAGCGAAAACGCGAGCAGGAUGUAGUAGACAUGGAUCCAGAGGACUCCGUGGCAUGCAAGCGACCCCAGUUUCCCCCAAUUUCAGGCGACAAACUUACGGGUGGCAUAGAUGAGAUGCGAAAAGUAGCUGUCCCAGCCCACAGGUAUACGCCCCUGAAAGAGAACUGGUUGAAGAUUUUCACUCCCAUUGUGGAGAACCUCCAACUUCAAGUCAGAUUUAACCUCAAAACCAGAAAUGUUGAAAUAAAAACAUGUAAAGAGACACAGGACAUCGGGUCCCUUACAAGAGCUGCAGAUUUUGUUAAGGCUUUUGUUCUAGGAUUCCAAGUUGAGGAUGCCCUAGCCCUCAUCAGAUUAGAUGAACUUUUUCUUGAAACCUUUGAGGUCACUGAUGUAAAACCACUGAAGGGAGACCAUUUGUCUAGAGCUAUUGGAAGGAUAGCAGGGAAAGGAGGAAAAACGAAAUUCACAAUUGAAAAUGUCACCAAGACACGAAUUGUGCUUGCAGACACGAAAAUACACAUAUUAGGAUCUUUCCAGAAUAUCAAGAUGGCACGGACAGCAAUAUGCAACCUCAUCUUAGGUAGUCCACCUUCGAAGGUCUAUGGAAAUAUCAGGGCAGUGGCCAGCCGAACCGCUGAGAGAUUUUGAAGACCAAUGUGCAGCAUGGAUUUAUUUUGUCCCUCAGUGGUUGUGGUGGAACUUUUAGGUAUGAUCCUGCUGUGGUGUCUUUAUAUAUGCCAGCCAUAGCUGAGGAUGGCCUUCUCUGCCUCCAGAUGUUUGGUCUGGUCAUUCUCCUAGCUUUGGGGAUGUUCUACAAAUUGCUCCCUUUUACCUUUUCAUGCUCUGCUGUUGGUCCAAGGAGGAAGUAAAUAGACUUACAGGAUCUAUAGCAGUCUAAUGGUGUAAAGGCUGUUCACAAUAAAGUGCAAUUAACAAUGUAAAAA